AUGACGAAUUCAACAGAGAAAUGUAAAACUCAAUUGAAACGAAAACAAGUGGAUGAUGAUAUACCGGAUUCUUCGAUAUUCGAUAUUUUGGAAAAUGGCUUUCAGAUCGGAGAUAUGGUUUGGGCAAAACUUAAUGGAUUGACAUGGUGGCCAGCUUUUGUCUACGGCUGCUUUUCGGACGAUGGUAAUUACGUUAAAGUAAUAUCAAAACCUGGAUUACCGACGAAAAAGCAAUAUUUCAUCUACUCUUUUGGCUCUCAUUUCAAAUAUUUAUGGGUUCACGAAGCAUGUCUUCAUCGAUACGAAGGUCUAGACGAAUUUCUAGUAUAUUCAGAACAAAAGGCUAAACAAGCAUCAACGAAACAAGUUGAAGAGAAAAUACGUAAAAAGUUCAAAAUUAAUAUAUCUGAAGAAUUACAUCCAUUCUGGUAG